GAGCAUCGUCAGACUUCUGAGUGCCUGGGACACACGCAUACCUGUUGAGCUGCAGGGAGAUCUCACGACUUCUACUUUCGGAAUUUCAUCGAGGCAAUCUGCUUACGGUUGAGAAUUCAGAAAUGACGGACAAUCUUAUUCCCGACGGUUGCCCGACCGACGGACCGGUAGAGAAUGGCUACUUCAAAAAGGGAUGUAAUCCAUUUGCCCAGACAGGUCGCAGUAAGCUGCAGAAUAAAAGAGCACUUCUCAACCAUCAAAUCAUCAAGCAGAUGAGGAUGAGAGCUGGAGCAGAGAACCUCCUCAAGGCGACUACAAAUAAUAAGGUUCGGGAGCAGGUGGUGCUGGAGUUGAGUUAUUUCAACUCUGAUCUGCAGCUUCUCAUGGAACAGCUGGAAGGACUCAACAGCUCUGUGGAGGUUUAUCAGAACGUAGAAGAGUCAUCCAGCAUCCCACUCAUCCCUCUGGGUCUGAAGGAGACAAAGGAUGUGGAUUUCACUGUUCCUCUCAAGGACUUUAUUCUGGAACACUACAGUGAAGACGGCUCAAACUUUCAGGAUCAGAUAGAUGAUCUGAUGGACUUGAGACAGGCCUGUCGGACCCCCAGUCGUAAUGUUGCUGGUGUAGAACUGCUUGCUAGCUACUUCAGUCAACUUGCCUCCUUGGAGAGUCGAUUCUUCUCCCCUACGCGUCAGAUCGGCAUUUUCUUCACAUGGUAUGACUCCUUUACCGGCGUGCCUGUGUGUCAGCAGAACAUCUCUCUGGAGAAAGCCAGUGUGCUCUUCAACAUGGCAGCUCUCUACUCACAGAUCGGCACCCGUGCCAACAGACAGACACAAGCCGGACUCCAGGACGCCAUUUCUGCAUUCCAGAAAUCUGCAGGUGUUCUGUACCACCUAAAGGAGACGUUCACACACACUCCUAGUUAUGAUAUGAGUCCUGCUAUGCUGAGCAUGCUGAUUCGGCUGAUGCUCGCACAGGGGCAGGAGUGUCUGUUUGAGCUAAUCGCUCUACCAGGAAUCCGAAAUGAAUUCUUCAGCCUGCUCAAAAUGGCCCAAGAGGCUUCCAAGGUGGGAGAGAACUACAAUCAAGUUCUCCAGUCCAUGAUCCAGACCCCCGUUAAGAACAACGUGCCCUUUUUCUGGACCACCAUGUCCCAGCUGAAGAUCAAUCACUACAACUCUCUUGCCCACUACUUUGUCUCCACUGCUCUGUUGGACCACCAGUUAACCCCCAGUGAUGAUGAGGACAAGCAGGAGAAGGCUCUGUCGCAGAUAUAUGACACUAUGCCUGAGGGACGUUCCCCACUUGACAUCCUGAAGAAUAAGGAGGAGAGACGGAGGAUAGGCAAAGCUCAUCUGAAGCGUGUCAUCAUGGGACAUGAAGAGGCGAUCCGCACGCAUGCUCUCUGUCAACAUCUGCAAAAACUGGACAUCCUGAAGGAAAUUCUGCAAGCCAGCCACAAACGUUCUCUUGCCAAGUUUGAACAAAACGUCAAGGAAGACGAGUUCAUAGACUACAUGGUUGCACCUGAAAUCAUCUCUAAAACAGAAAAGAAAGCGGAGAUGGAGAUUCCUGCUGCCACCAAGGUGAAAGUCACAGACUUAUUCCAGAAGCUGGGGCCUUUGUCUGUUUUCUCAGCAAAGCAGAGAUGGACAGCCCCACGCACCAUCAGGCUGAAACUGCAGGACAGAGAUCUCGGAUUCACUCUGAAGGGAGAUGCACCCGUUCAGAUACAGUCACUCGAUCCACUUUGUCACGCCGCGGCUGAGGGACUGAAAGAGGGAGAUUACCUUGUUGCUGUGGGUGAUACAGAUUGUAAAUGGAUGGGAGUGAGUGAUGUGAUGAAGCUUUUGAAGGAUGUGGGUGAGGAGGGCAUCAACAUUAGAGUUGUCAGCAUGAUGGACAGCAGCAGCCAGCCAAUGCCCACCAAGAGCGCUACGUACUGUGGUGGUCUUCCCAAGACCUACUCCAUGAUCUGCCUGGCUCACAAUGAUGAUGAGCAGAACCCAAAAUCUCGCAAGGUAGCAAAGAAACCGUCAUUCCUCAGUUGGGGUCUCAAGAACAAGCUGAAGAGCAGCAGCACAAUGAGUUUACCCAACGCAGAUUACAGCGGAGCCCUGCCCUGGAACAGACCAUGCCCUACCUUUCCUAGCUCCUAUAAUGAUAGUUCCCUCUACUAAACACACAUACACACACGUAUGUAACUAGAUUUGUACAUACACUGAUAGCACAAAAAACACACUAUAUUUAAAAAAAAAAAAAAAAAAAAAGAGGGAGAGUAAAUGAGAGUGGCUGAAAUUAACUCCCAAAACCCAAUGUACAUUUUGCACAGACCUAUAAACACAGGUGUAAGCUAUUUUUAUUUCUUCAUUAGUGUGGUUGUCUAUAUAAAAUCUCAUCUGUAUAUGAAUGUUGAAAGAUUGUGUUUUAUUGAAUCAGUAGACAAAACACGAUGUGUACGCUGCUCAGAAUAUUUAAAUGUUUUAUUUGUUUGUUUGUUUUAUUAUUCUUGUAUUGAAUGGUUUAAAGGAUGAUGAGGUGUGAUGAAGUUUUUUUUUUUUUUAUAUAUUCUGCCUAUUUCGAGGCUGUUGAAACAAAUCGGUGCCCUCCUCAAAUUAAAAUGAGGGCUGGUAGAUUGACAGUUGCUUUAGGGUGUAGAAAACCAUUUUUCUGCAGUUGUACCUGCCUCUACUUCACUCUGCUCGAGGACAUUAUUUCCUUUGUCUGCACCUCACAGCUUUUGGUCUUGGAAUGUCUGAAUAAGCAGUAAUAUUAUUUUAGUGUAUUUACUUACACUGAAGGGAAAUACUAUGAUAGGACUCUGGCUAUGCUUACCUUAAAUGUAUUGCCAAGUUCAAGCAAGAAGGAUAGAAAAAAUCAUAGCAGUGAAUUCAAAUGCCAUUUUUAUUUAACCUUUGUUUUAUGUGUUUUGUCAAGCACUUCUUAAGUGUUGGAAUGUUUCACUGUCUACAAAGUAGAUUUUUAUACACAUUUGAUAAUCAAAUAAUUUAAAUGCAGAAAUAAAGAGAAAAAAUAUCUAUAUAAAUAUGUAUUCUUUUUAAGGACUGGAAGUAUUCAUUUUUUGUAUCUUAAAAUUAUAAGCCUGAUGUAUAUAAUCAUGGGUAGUUUAAUGGCUGUUGGUCUUUUCUGUGACUCAGUGUACAUUUCUUCUCUUUAUAUGGUGUAGCUCAAAAGGUACAUAUGGCAUGGUGUUUUUUUUCUUCUUCAUUUAUCUUACAAUAUUUAACAUUGCAUUAAACUGCCUCUCCGAAUCUCAGAGGCCUUUAGAAUGCCUUACCAGAGUCAACACUGAAACAAUCUUAUACACUCCUUGAUUGUAAAUACUGUAUUAUGCCUUAUGAAUGUAUCCUUACCAUUUAUGUUUUCGCAAGUGUCACAUUUGGAAUUACAAUGACAAACACAGUUCUGCAAGGAUGUUGAUAUUUUUCAGUUACUUAUUAACAAUUCUUUUAAACUUGAGUUGAUCUGAAUUCUAUAUAUCAGUGCCCUAAAUUCGAAAUUGAUUACUUGCGUAAUGGUGAAACAGAUUCCAGUUUCGUUUCACAACAUUUGCCCAUGUUCUUGUGUUUAUACCUUAUGUGUGGAUUAGCUGUGGGAUAAGUCUGAGGAAAUGUUUGGCUUAUGAUGAAUUAUAUGUUGUUGCCUACUUUUAUGUUGAAUAUGUAAAUCUAGAACUCAAUAAAAUAAGGGGUCAAA